ACAACAACAUCAACAACAACCUCACUCCCUUCCGCAAUCCACAGUCCACAGUCCACGUCGAGUCCUGGAGGCUCAGAGUGACUUCUGAUCAGGUCCAGCAUGGAUGCAAAGCCUCAGAGAAUCCGCGUCCGUGGCGACGAAAAUGCCCCCUUCCCUACCGCGGCCGGCAAAACCCUCCACCAGCGGAAUAAGUCUACCCCUGCGUUGUCGGCCCUCUAUCAGAACGGCGUUACGAAGCCUGCCACGAAGCGAGCGGCCUUUGGGGAUGUCAGCAACACCUCGAAGCCCAUCAAUGCUAGUCGCGACGACACAUCCCUUGCUGGGAGGAAGCAAUCCAACGCUGGUGACAAGCCGUCGGUGGUGAUUGAGAAGAAGGCCACAGUCCUCGCACAACCGGCCCAGCGUCCGGGAGGUAUGAAAGGCAUUUUGAGCAAUGUCACCAACGUCACUCACGCGAAGUCCGUCGAACCAUCGAAACAAGCGGCCAAUACUCGCAAGACCCUCAACAAGCGAGCCACUGUCUUCAAGGAUCCCUCCAAGGCCAAAGCCGAGAAAUCCGAGAUCACAUCCAAGGAAACCAACAAAGAAGCAAAACAGGGGCAGAUUGACGCCUCCCUUGCAACUGCGUCUACUGCACCUGCGAAGCAAGAUGGCGUAAAGGAAGAAACCAAAUUGAAAGAGGUCCAAGACCCUGUGGUGGGAGAGUUGGAAGACUACGCCGCUGUCGUCUCUGCAGUGGAAGAAGAUGACAAGGAGUCGUGCAAGACCGACGAAGAUGUUUGUGAAGUGCAAGAUGUGAAGGAGACCCGCAAGACUCGCGAGCAAAUCGACUCUACAAGUCACGACGUCGCCGAUCCUAUCAUCAAGACUCAUGGCGAACCUGCAUCAGGCUCCCGCAUAGCCCACGAUCGUCUACCGGCUCAAGCUGAAUAUGAGGAGUAUUGGGACGAUGAAGAGGAGGAGAAUGAGGAUGAUGAUGGAUAUAUCACCGCUCGCUCUUACCGAUCGCGGGGAGAGAACACCACCGGUGGUGCCACAACCGUCCUAUUUCCCAAGUACACUCAGCAGGUCCGACGGGAACUGGCCCUUGCAAAGCAGGUCGUCGACGCUACGCGAACGGAGGAAGAUAUUGAAGAUGAGUUUUGGGAUACAAGUAUGGUUGCGGAGUACAGUGAGGAAAUUUUCGAAUACAUGAGAGAGCAAGAGAUCCGGUUGUUGCCAAAUGCGCAUUACAUGGACAACCAGGCCGAGAUCCAGUGGUCGAUGCGCUCCGUCCUGAUGGACUGGCUUGUGCAAGUCCACCAUCGAUUCUCAUUGCUGCCCGAGACCCUUUUCCUCUGCGUGAACUACAUUGAUCGGUUCUUGUCGUGCAAGAUUGUCUCCCUCAAUAAGCUGCAGUUGGUGGGCGCCACCGCGAUCUUCAUCGCUGCCAAGUACGAAGAAAUCAACUGCCCGUCGAUCCAGGAGAUUGUUUACAUGGUUGACGGCGGCUAUUCUGCUGACGAGAUUCUCAAAGCCGAAUGGUUUAUGUUAAGCAUGUUACAAUUCGAACUGGGAUGUCCUGGUCCGAUGAGCUUCCUGCGCCGCAUCAGCAAAGCCGACGACUAUGAUCUGGAGACGCGCACCCUUGCCAAGUACUUCCUGGAAAUUACCAUUAUGGAUGAACGCUUCGUUGGUAGCCCUGCUAGCUUUGUUGCAGCGGGUGCUCACUGUUUGGCGAGACUGAUGCUGAGAAAGGGCAACUGGACACCCGCCCAUACCCACUAUGCUGGUUAUACUUAUUCCCAGCUCCUGCCACUCAUUUCUCUUAUGAUGGAGUGUUGCGAGAGACCUAGCAAGCACCAUGCUGCAAUCUACGAGAAGUAUACCGACAAGCGGUACAAACGUGCUUCUCUCUUUGUCGAAGCCGAAAUGAAGAGAGGGUUCCUUCUCCCCGACCACCACAAGGACAAAGCUUAUGUUGGGACUGUCGAAGCAGCUCACUAUUGCAAGAAGGUCAACAUCUAAAAGCCACACAUUCACAGUUUCACAGUGGUUUGUGUUGUGACAUUCUUGGUCUCUCCUUCUGAAGACAUGACCCCAGCUCAUGGUCAACGGGAUGAGCUGAUCGCCGAAACACCAGACGAGGAACGAGAUUUCACACACUAGGUGCUACUGACCAGGAAUCUUGGUGCCUCUUUCACCCUUUUACAUUUCCUUACAUUUUAAUUGAUCAGAGACUGGGGCAAUGUCCCAAGUCAUGCACAUUGGACUUUAGACCCCGCAGAAAACAAGAAACCUUGACAACAGCUGU